AUGGAGUCCAGUAUAAAUCCAAUGACACAACUGAAUGAUGAUCUCACAGUUGCAACAAGAGUGCAGCUCCCUAUGGCCCUUAUCCAAGAAGAUCAGAUGCCAAUGAGCCACACUAACUCAUGGAAUUGUACCUCUUUCAAAACAGGUGUGCUAACUUUAGAAAAAUUAAAUACAGUUCAAUAAGUUACAGUAGUUGGUGUAAUGUAAACAGGAUUUAAAAAAAUCAAGUUUAAAAAAAAAAAAAAAAAAAAGAAUAAGGUAAUUGUAAUUAUUUAAACAGUAAACCGUCCCAAUUUAUGAUGUACAGUUGUCAUGAAACCCCACUCCAUUUAGGACCAGAUUAACGUCAAUGUCAAUUUACAACAUAUUUUUUGAGGCACUGGUUUUGUGUAUGGAGCCUUAGAAUUCACUCAUUGAAGACACUGAGAAAAGUUUCUUUAAUUAUUACUACAUUAAAAAAAGGAAUGUAAGUAAACUGAGGAAGGGAAUAUAUACCCAUUGCUUUUUAUAUGGGUUAAGCAGUGCCACUGUUUUAUGCAUUUUCUUUUUAGAUUUUAUGCAUUUAUUGAAGGAAAUCUCAGCUGCAGAUAAGUCUCGUUAUAUUGGUUUGCUUGGGACACCUCAGCUUUGAACCAUGCCUUCCGAAAUGAAGACAGAUAUGGAGAGGAUUGGCCUCUUCAGUGAGCCAACCUAUAUCACUAUUGGAGACAAAUACACGUCUCCUUACAACAGAAAUUUCAGUGCUGCAGAUUCCAAAAACAAGCAAAUGUUGCCUGGAGGCUCGAAGGUGAGGUCAGCCCUUCAAGAGGGUUACUUUGAUUCUCAGUUUAAGAGAAUCUUUGAAAAAGAAGCCUAUUCUGACCCAGUCAAACAAAGGAGACAAUUCAAGAUGCAGCAGUCAAAGAAGAAUAUAGGAAAACCCUUUCUUCCCAGCAACGGGGAAAAAAAGCCGUCAGGAACCGGCAGCUACUAUGGGACAUUUAGUGCUCCCAUUGAAGCAAUGAGUGCACUACAAGUACCCAAAACACCUUACAAAUCACCAGGAAAGAAUGUUUUAACAAACCCUCCAAAGCACGGGACUGGAUACGGAUAUCACAAUUUAACUUUGUCAAAACCAUACCCGUACACUGCAGACCCCUAUGACAGAGAAAAACAAAUGAGAAAGACAGAUAACUCAUCAAAAAGAAACUUGCUCAAGGGUGGAGCAUUUUUCUUAAACCUCCAUCCAAAAGAUCUCUUUGAUAGCAAUCCAUACAAAUUUGACAAGCCUUUGCCACCUUUAAAGAAGAGUGGAGGGAAAAAGCCUGCUGUCGUACCAUUUAAACCAAGUUCACCGCCCAAGAAGAUUGGUGGUAUGAAAGCUGGAACGUUUGAAGUGUAUCCUUCCCAUUCAGCUGAUCCCUUUACAGUGAAAAUAACCAAGGCUAGCGCUAAAAACAAGGAAGGAAGGGUAUUCCAACCAUCUCCUGGACCAAAGAGCAGGCCUGUAAAAAGUGUUGUUAUUGCCAAUAUCAUGAAGACGGUUACCCCAGCUAACUAUAUGAAUUUACAAAGUGUAAUGGCAUACUGAUCAACUGGAACCAGCUGCAUGACAGAUCCAAUCACCACAUUUUCUAUGUUGUAGAACAUGCUUCCACUUGUCUAUUACUGUUACAGUAACUACUGUAGAUUAAACAGACUCUUGUGGAUACAUCACAAAUGUAUGGGUAUUUGUUGACAGCUUGAUAAUGAAAUAAUUUUGUACGUGUUUCAUAUUUAAUACAUUCAUUAAGAGAAAAUGGGAGUUAUUUAUGAAAUUACAAAAUAAAUGUCUCAGUAUAUUUCAUUUUAUAGCACAACAUAUUUAGAUUAUACACAUUAUUUUUUUAAAAAUACAUGACUUGCAAACUGAUGUGUUCAUUUUCCAUCUUAUAAAAAUGCUUUCAUGCAGUAGUUAAUAGACAUUUCAUAAAGAGCAAAAACCUGAUAAUGGACAAUAAUAAUAAUUUCUUGGUAGGUGAUUGCUUUUUUGUUCUUAUUAUUGUUAAAGUUUUUUGGGUCAUAAUAACAAAUUAAAGCCAGUUAUGGCAUCAUUUACGAAAAUACACAUUAUGUACUGCAUUUGUAUUUAUUUACAACAGCAACAUUUCUAAUUUCUGAGAUGCAGAGUAUACAUGAUUCAA